CGAAAAUUGUUCGAUACUUGAUUACGCAUUACCAAUCGAGUAUCGUUUACGUGACACAUUGACAUUACUUCGCAAUAUUUACCUGACACUCGUAAUCGAAACCGGAAUAACAUUAAAUGUGAAAAUGAUCAAGUUAACGCAGGAUAUUGAUUUGGAGAAUUAUACGCUCAUCCUGCCGUCGGUGGCGGUCGGAAAUGUCGGGCAAUUGUCGGUCGACCUGCUCAUUUCGAAUCUUAACCUUUCGAAGAUCGGUCAAAUUUUUAGCGCGUCAUUCGUACCUGUCGUAGGCGCGAACGCCUAUCACGAGCACUCGAGCGAGCUCAGCACGGCGAUCGACAUCUACGCGGGGACCAAGGAACACGUUGUCGUCAUACAGAUCCGUUCGCCGUACGUGGGCGGGCUCGCGGGAUUUUUCAAUGAACUGGCGCAAUUUGUCGCCGAGAGGAAAAUAGCUAAGGUAAUAAUUCUCGCGAGCAGUCACGAUUAUGCGAAAAGAGAGGUCCAGCCGCAGCAUCUCAAAUUGAGAUACGUUGCGUCUCCUGGUAUACAGUCUCAGACUGGCAAGCUCUUCGACGACCUCAACUGGAUUCCGCACAAAUCGGAAGAUGUGAUAUCCGGUGAGGAGAGGUUGCAGAUACCAGGCGGUGGAUUCGCCAGGAGCCUCUUCAACUUUCUGUCUGACGCCAACGUUCCUUGCGCUAUCCUGUUCAAAUUCUGUUCAGAGGGGGACAACAUAGAGGACGCGAAGGCCCUCGUGUGCUAUUUAAAUCAAUGGAUAUGUGUAUUAGGAACGAGCUGUAGUAAUUUGAAAUAUCCACCGUCUUGGAAACACUUAUUUGGGAAGCCACCGUCAGUGGAUAUAUACUGAUUGUAUCUGGAUAUAUUUUGUACUAUUCUGUUAAUCUUAAAAUAAUAACAUUUUUGCUAUGCUACAAGCGUAUGUCCAAGUUUGAUAUACGAUUUAAGACUUAAUUUUUCAUAUAACUUUGUUACAUAAAAAUUAGGACUAUAAUAUAUUUAUAUAUAUAACAAAAAGAAUUCCUUACGAAUGCAGUAGAUUGUAACAUACGCCAUGAAUUUUUUAUGACAAAUGUGAAAAAUAUAUACAAAUAAUUUUAUUUGUAUAAUUUAUUAGGAUUUAUUUCUGAGAAUAAAUAACACUUGUUCGAA